AUGCACAUAGCGCAGCGCCGACUAGCUUGGUACAAGAGGUGCAAGAGACGAGCCGCUCCAUUGAACCUGUCACAGCCACAUCGAAGAUACCUUGAGGGAGUAGGAGCCUUCCUCGAGCUACCAAAAUUCACGACUGAUGCUCUGUUCCCCAUCUUCAUCGCUCUUCUGAACGACCUCAUCCCCAUCAUCGACGGCACUAGUGUUCUUUGUGACUACAGCAAUGGACAGUCCUCCAUCUUUUUGACCAGGGCCAUAUGUCUCGUCACCUGCAAAGUCAAACAGGCCCGUCCCUUUCUGUACGUGGCCGAUGACGGUCCGCUCCUGACUCCGCCUAAGUUCGGUUCAAAAUUGUUGUCCGGGCUUGAUGCAGCAAUGCGCGCGGAUCUGGAACCGGACCGCCUGUCCAAGGUGCAAAUCUUGACGAUGAUGCAUCUGCACAACGAUGGAAUAGAUGGACCAGGUCGCUCGUCGAGUUACCUGUCUCAGGCCAUUCACGAAGCGUGGUCACUGCUGUUACAUUGGGAUAUCCCGGGGAACGAGAAUCAGGAACAAUGCGACUUCCUGUGGUGGUCUCUACGGAACUUCGACCGGCUCAACAAGCCGAUCAUGGGAACGACUCCAUUCAUUAUCGAUGAUUCCGAUAUUGCAAUUAAACGCAUUCUUCCGAGGAAAGACAGCUACCGCUCGCAACUGAUGUCGCUGUCCAUGGCGUUGGGGGACCUGAUGGUGACGGCGACGAAAGUCUACAAGGCUACUUCGGCGGCGACAAGUGAUGACUGUCGUGAUUUUCCUUCCUUAGAGGAUCUUACAUCCACAAUCGACUUUUCGCGCUUGCACAAGUCACACAAGGGUACGUUUAUCUUUCGCCGGCCCAAUCGCUUGGAUAUUGACGGGAAACUAGCGUACCUCGAGAUCUGGUAUCAUGUGGCAGCGAUGUUGUCCUGUCGAUACAACGGACCAAAUACCGUUCAGUACCAGCGGCGUCUUAGAUCAGCAGAUCGAAUUCUCCAUCUCGUCUCCAAAGUAGGGGAUUGUCUCCGACCGUUACCCUUAGUACCCUACGCAAUGUCCAUGUCAACCACAACUAUUUACCGUGCUCUGCGCGAUAAUCAGCGAGAUCCGAACGCCGCUCUUCAAGAUCUUUGCGCAUGUUACAGUGCUUUACUCGCUCUCAGUCAACAGUGGACCAGUGCCAAAGGGGUGGCCAGGUUGACAAAGGACUUGUUGCGAGACUUUGAUCGGUUAAGGCCGAUGACGAAGCGGCCGGACCAUGACGUCGAGAACACUCAGCAGCGUUCAAUGCAGAAGGCAGAUUCUGCAUUAGCAGCCCAUACAUGUUCUCCUGGGGAAAGGCAAUGCGUCAUGGAAGUAGAGGAUAUUGGACCGAGGCCCGUCUCCAUGCCUGCAAGUGUCGCAAUAGAAAAGACUAUAUUAUUAAGAUUAUAG